GAAACGGAGGCUGAACGCGCCGUCGCGACAGACUCGAUAUACAUCGCCACCGUCGCCGCUGCGAGCAGCCGGCUCGGAGAAGAUUCGUGCUCGGGCGGGGGUCGGCUGCAGCGUUCCGCGGCCGGCAGCGCACAGUGCCCGGGCCACACCAAGCGCUCGCCAACCAACAUGGAGGCCGCCGUCGACCUGCUGACCGGUGCACCGAGCGGAGCCGCGGCCGCCACGGCGAACGCCGGCGCGCUCGCCAACGCCACCUUGGCUCGGGACCCGCGCACCACAACAUGGCCGCUCGCCGGCAACCCGCCGCUUAUCGGCGCCCUCCUGCUGAGCUACGUGUACCUCGUCAAGGUUGGCGGGCCGCGCUUCAUGCGCGACCGCAAGCCGUACAACCUGCGCCGCGUCAUCCUCGUCUACAACGCGACCAUGGUGCUUCUCAACGCGUACUUCGUGGUCAACUUCCUGUCGCGCUCCUACCUGGGCGGCGGGUACAGCGUGCUCUGUCAGGGAAUCCGCUUCGACGCCGACCCUCGCACCCUCGAACUGGUGUCCCUGUGCUGGUGGUACCUGCUGGUGCGCAUCGCCGACUUCCUGGACACGGUGUUCUUCGUGCUGCGCAAGAAGGACUCGCACGUCUCCUUCCUCCACGUGGUCCACCAUGUCCUGGUGGUCUUCAACGGCUGGUUCGGCCUCUCGUACGGGCCCGACGGCCAGGUGAUGUUCUGCAUCUGCCUGAACAGCUUCGUGCACGUCAUCAUGUACUCCUACUACUUCCUCUCGCUGCUGGGGCCGCGCGUCCAGAAGCACCUCUGGUGGAAGCGCUACCUGACGCAGCUCCAGUUGGCGCAGUUCAUCGUUAUCUUCGUGCACAGCACCAUACCGCUCUUCAAGGACUGCGGCUACCCGCGGCCACACACGUUCAUCGUGCUCUCCGAGUCCGUGCUCUUUUUCGGCAUGUUCGUGCGCUUCUACCGCGGCGCCUACAAGAACAAGCAGCCGGCGAAGGCAGCCUGAGAUCUAAGCGUACUCUGCGUAAAACUGGGCCCGAGAGACUUCUUCCUUUCUUUGUAUUAUUAUGGCAUGCGACGGUGCGCUGCCGGGUACGACGCCAGUCGGAAUGCGCUGCGGAAAUUCUCAGUGACUAAUGGUCCACAUCAAGACGCUAUCCGGAUAGGACAAAGGAAGUGAGCUUAGAGCUGUUUCUAGCGCGCAGUCGUCUUCGAUUUGUUGGGCAGAGUCGCAGAGAAAGGUGCGCCGGCCAGUUUACCACGCACCAUUAGCCAGCUUGCAUGUUUUUUGGCUAUAAAUUGUUAUUUUUCUGUCAACGCGUUAGCUUAUUUAGUGCAGUUGCAAUACCGCAUCGAUCAAAUUUUUACGGGUUUCGCAAGCUCGUAUAAUAUAGGCUUAUUAACAAAUUUCCAGGUGUCUAUGUAAACGACGUUUUUCGCAGCGGCUCUGAGACUUGGAUAUUCUUAUACUCAUGUUCCUUUUUUUGACAGGCACCUUGCUUGCGGUGGUUAUAGUGCGUUCGUUAGCCAACAUCGGACACUUUGUCGUUGUCUCGGACGAUGCUGUUGCCAAAAUGAGGCUGGGUCAUCAGCAAUGUUACAGCGCGGACCGUCAACAUUAGGUGGAGUUUCACUUUAUAGGCCAGCUACUAACUUCUCACCAUCGCAUCCUCAGAGAAGGCUGCGCAAAUUAUGCAGUAAUUUCAUAAAGAAACAGUUCAACGUUAUUCGCCCUCUAAAGUAAGCCCUAGUCUCACUCAAGCGUUAUCUUGUAAUACGGUAUACGUUGCGUGAUUCCUGAGGUAGUUCCAGAAUGGAAUGUUGUGGUGGUAACCAUGACGAGCCAAAGUCAAUACUUUCAAGCACAUAAAUGAGGCAUGACGCAAUGUACGUGAAAGCUCGUGAAAAAAAAAUUUUAACCUGUUUUUGGGAGCAUGGUGAAUGUUCCAUACACCUUCUUUCGCAGACGAAUGAACUUUCGGUACAUUUCAAUGUUUUCACUCGGUGUCGCAUGCACUUGCAUGCUGUGGACCAUGUGACUAGCGUAUAGCAUGACCGUUGAAGCGACGACAAUGAUCCCGCAAUGUGUACAAUCUGUCGAGAUAAGAACGGUAUUACGUAGCAACAGCUACCGGAGCCGUGCCUGGUGAUGGCGACCGAGUUGAUGAAAACUCUUAAGAGAUUGGUGAAAACUCUUUAACAGUGAGCCACGAACAAAUGCAGGAAACUCGUCGGUGAAUCGAAAGUUCAGCGCGAGUGGCUUUUGCUGCGCGAAAUUUCUAGGUUCUGUGCAGAUCGCACCAUCACUAUUGGCCACGUUGUCGAAGAAACGAGUCCCGAUGGAGCAUUAUAGGACCCUGUUAGUAUCAAGUGGGAGGGAAGCGUAGGCUCGAGGGCAUUAAAGAUGUAGGUACAUGGAAUGAUUGGUCACCGAACAAUUCAUCCUCCGCUGUGCUAGAAGUGACAGAGCAAAAGAUCCUUCAAGAUUCUUGCACCGAGGAGACUUGUGUAUACGCUUCCAUCGUUUCUUCAAGCACUUGUUGCAGAUACGUGACCCGGUUCGCCUGAAACACCACGCUCAUUUGCAGUGAAGGAUGUGCACGAACUGUUAAGAUGUCAGGGUGAACCAAGCUUGGUCGGAGGCCUUCCAGCAUGCGGGGCACUAUCAAAGCGGAAUGCGAAUGAUUGAGCGUGGAACGUCAAAGGCCGCCGGAUGUUGACAGGUCCUCCUACAGACCGUAUGGAAGGAAGACGUUGCUGGGAUGUGCUGGAUAUCCGAUGUGACGGUAUGCCGAAAGUAACAGUGCUAAGAUAGCAAGUUCGACCCGUCGUUCUCUGUAGGACCCUUGUGGAAGCAUUUUGUAUACGCGUGUUGUGCCUCCCGAGAAACACCGCUCCUGAAAUAAUACGGCGGCCCGCCACAGCUUCUGUCCCAUUUCGUUAAACGUAUGCUAUGCUAUGCCUGCGCGCGCACUGACUUCUGAGGAUGAUGCGGGGCACUACUUCAUGUCUUUCGAGCAUACCGGGCGCGCGACCUUGAGGAGGGUCCUCGCGUCUGACACUGACCAAGCCAGAAAAUGCCUUAGCGUUAUCACGCUACAGGGCAUGCUUCUGUUUCUUUAUUCUCGCUGUUUCUAGGUCUUAAUGCCAAAACACAUUAAAAACAAGUCGCCGCUUUGCUUCCAUCCAGGAGCCGAGCUUUAGUCGUGAUAAAAGUCUUGCCAUCUUGUGAGGCACACUUUGUGUGUGCGUGUGUGCGUGUUUGUGUCUGGUUGUUGGACUGAUACGCGACCUAAUACAUAUGUAUAGCGAUUCAUUGUAUGUGCACCUGUUUUGUGACCUAUACGUGAUGUUGGUUAAAAUGAAAGAACACCCAUUCUUGAA